AUGAAAACUGGCAGACAUUUUACUGUGAAGAAAGGGUUUCAACCCUAUUUAACAAAUUUAACUACUUCUAUGACGGGAAGACAAUUCAAACGAAAUCUUUGCUCUCAUUUUCAAUACAGGAACGCUCACGGGGCUCAAACAGACAUUCAGGCGGAUACAUUGUUACUCUUUACGCCAGAGGUGAACAAAAUUGAACAGUCGUGGACUUGGGAAGAUGAAAGAUUUUUCGACAGUGGUCGUAUCGAAAGAGAUGAUCUGGCGACAAUAGCGAGCCACAACUGGUCGCCAAUAUCUGAGGGUUCAUGUGCGACUUCGAACGUCCUGAAAGAAUGUAUUAACGAACCUGGAAAAGAAAGCUACAGUGCAAAUACAAGUUUAUCAUCCUCGAUUAUAGUUAGUAGCGACGACUUGACACGUAUUGACUCUUCGGCAGAUAAUAAUGAAUGGUCACAAAGCUACUCGAGUCACACUGAACCGUCAAUCCAAGAGAACUUUGCAGAUACCGCGUGUUUUGUGCCUCAUUCAAAUGUUGAAGUGGAAACAGAAUUGGAUAGCCAAGUAGAAUUUGUAGGCCCCCAAAACCUAACAAACUAUAGGGAAAGCACCAACCAAGAUAUCCAUACGGUUACCGUCAUCCAAAAACUAUACCAGGCUUUUCCAAACUUUGAAUCGGAACAACAGUUUCAAGAUAAUCCACCCGAUUUUCUUUUGCAGAAACUGUUCGCGCUUCGAGACAAACUCUAUACGUGUUCAGAUGAUGAGGAGCUCUUAAGGGAUUUUUCUGAGUUAGAUGUAUUGAUAAGCGAAUACAAGACAAAUACACCCAACAUAGGGCAUACCGAGACUCGCCUUGCUGUAAAUGUACUUAUAGCGAACAUAACAGGAUUAUGCGCAAAAGCAAUAGAUUUCAAUAAGAGAUUGUUUAAUAUGCAUCACAAAUUUUCUCAAGAGCUCACAAACUUACCUACGAUGUACGCCAUGCCUCUAGAAUCUUCAUUCACCGAGAACGAAAUUGAGAAAAUGCAUUCUGCGACAAACAAUACUGUAAGGUCUAAUACUCAGCCACCUUUGGUAAGCAGUGGAAAAACUUCUCGCCAAGAGACUGACCCUCGGGCUGCUUUUCUGUUCAUCAAAUUUCUGUUUGAUAAUGAUUUCGAUAAACCAACGAAAUCUCAGAUAAGGAGCUUGGCAAAGUGGACGAACAUGACCGAGCGCGAGGUAGAUCGAUGGUUUAUCCGAACAAGAGCUAAUUACGUCAAAUCAAACAAAGAUCCUCACAAGGAGUUACUUUCUCGUGCGGUGCGCCUCCGUCGGCAAUUUCGUGGACCUCUCUCGGAGUUGAUGAAACCAAACACUUAUGUCAUCAAGAAAAGCUUCGCAUCGAGAAAACUGCGUCGCACAUCCCAGAAAGUCAUAUAA